ACAACAGGCAAUGAUCUCUAUUUUAACAUGUCAGCCCCUUCGACAUACUCAUGGUUCGCUUUCGGCAUUGGGAACCAGAUGAAGAACUCACUCAUGUUCAUUGGCUAUCCUAGCUCGAACGGCAGCGGUGUAACUCUGAGCCCUCGACUUUCUACGGGACACCAACAACCGCAAUACACAUCUUCCAAGGACGUGCAGACGCUAUCAAGCUCUGUUACAGAUGGAACACUUCAACUCAUGGCUGUGUGCAAGAACUGCACGACCUGGUCUCUUGGAUCGAUGGACACCACAUCAACGCAACAGCCGUUCAUUUUCGCCCUCGGUCCCACUGGAGAAACCAUAUCCAGUGACUCAACCUCCCAGAGUAUCGAUCAACACACCUUGUACAAGGGCUUCUCACUGGAUAUGACACAAGCUUCCUUUUCCGGGUCCGGAUCACCCGACCUGAACUCCGGUAGCAGUGCUGCUUCGUCAAACAGCGCGAGCGGCUCUUCCUCUUCCUCUGGCGCCACAGGUUCCGUUAUCUACAACAGAGUGCACGGAAUAUUUAUGGCUAUUGCGUUUGUCAUUCUCUUCCCCCUAGGUGUCCUGGUGCUUCGUCUGGGCCACAGCGUGAUUGGCCAUGGUAUUGUUCAGGCCACAGCCUACUGCUUCGUCAUCGUCGGUCUUGGAACAGGAAUCUAUCUGAGCCAACAAAACAACCUGACAGGAUACAACACUGCUCACCAAAUCAUCGGCCUCGUUCUCUUCGCACUCCUUGCUAUUCAAGCCCUAGGCGGCCUUAUUCAUCAUCUUCUUUUCCGCCGUGGCCACAAGACCAUCAUUGGAAAAGUGCACAUGGUCUUCGGUAUUUGCUUGUUAAUUCUGGGUAUCGUCAAUGUACCUCUCGGCCUUAACCUCGCAGGCGACAGCAACUACAACAAGUACUAUAUAAUAGUCGUCGCCAUCCUCGGUGCUCUAUUCUUAGCACUCAGGUUCUGGGCGAUCUGGAGGGAUAGAAAAUUAGUGAAGAGAGCUGGAAGUGAGAAGGGUGUUCUGAGAAGGGGAUCUAGUAGCGAGGAAGGUGUUAUGUGA